GCUUGUUAUGAAUGGGAAGCCAGACCAUUUUCCAUAACCCUGUGGACUGUUUAAGUGCUCUACAAACCAGAGCUGCUAAUGAGCUUUGUUUCAAGCAUAUGUGUUCAUAUGUCAACACUUUUGCAUAUGUCAGAAGGUUAAAAAUGGAAACAUUUUUUUCCUUUAAGAAAACAGACACCCAAAUAAGGAGACGUCUGAGCACUUAAGAUUCCCCUAGUGAAUCGCUUCCAGCUUGUUCCUUAGAAAGGCUUCACGUGAAAGGUCGGGUGGGAGGGGGAGGCGCACCAGGGAUUUGGGCUACAUCCAAAAUAUUGAGUAAGGGUCUUUGAGACUUUAAAGCUAACUACAACCAUUCAAGGGUUCACUGUGCUGCACACCUAUAGCAGUGCUCUACUACUUUCUCUACCUAUUUUUAAGACUGUUUGCUACAAGUUUGUUCUUGCAAAGCUUUUCUUCUCUUGUGUGUGAGAGACACAACCCCAUCCUCCAGCAAAAAUGGAAGCCAUCAAGAAAAAGAUGCAGAUGCUGAAGCUAGAUAAGGAGAAUGCAAUUGACAGAGCUGAACAGGCCGAAGCAGACAAAAAAGCAGCUGAGGACAAGUGCAAACAGGUAGAGGAUGAGCUGGUGGCACUGCAGAAGAAGUUAAAAGGAACUGAAGAUGAACUGGAUAAAUACUCAGAAGCUCUCAAAGAUGCUCAGGAAAAACUGGAACAGACUGAUAAGAAGGCAACAGAUGCAGAAGGUGAAGUGGCAGCUUUGAAUCGGCGUAUCCAGCUGGUGGAAGAGGAGCUGGAUCGUGCCCAAGAACGUCUGGCAACAGCCCUGCAGAAAUUGGAGGAGGCAGAGAAGGCAGCAGAUGAAAGUGAGAGAGGUAUGAAGGUUAUUGAAAACAGAGCAAUGAAGGAUGAAGAAAAAAUGGAAAUUCAGGAGAUGCAGCUGAAAGAGGCUAAGCAUAUUGCUGAGGAGGCUGACCGUAAAUAUGAAGAGGUUGCUCGUAAACUGGUCAUUUUGGAGGGUGAACUAGAGAGAGCUGAGGAACGUGCUGAGGUGUCAGAACUAAAAUGCAGUGACCUUGAAGAAGAACUAAAAAAUGUCACUAACAACCUAAAGUCCCUGGAGGCUCAGUCUGAGAAGUACUCUGAAAAAGAGGAUAAAUAUGAAGAAGAAAUCAAGCUUCUCUCUGACAAACUCAAGGAGGCUGAAACACGUGCAGAGUUUGCAGAAAGAACGGUUGCUAAACUGGAAAAGACUAUUGAUGAUCUAGAAGUUCCCCCAGCUCUUGCACCUGAAGCCAUGUGACCCUAACAGACAGGACUAUUAUCUACUGUGGAUCACAUGGCCAAUCUCCAGGGCAAGAAAAGAAAUAUAAAGCAGGAAAUGUGGGGUGAGCUGCAGCCAGAGUCCAGAACAAGACCAAGAAGACAGAGGACUGGAGAGGAGUUUUCAUUGCAGAGAAGGAGGCCAGAGAAAUCACUAGAAGACCAUUGAAAUGAUGAGGCAAACUCUAGGAAACCUCUAGGAUGUGCAAAACCAGCUCCUUGAACUGAUGACAAAGCAGUUUUACUGGAGACCCUUAGAGUGCCAUCUUCCCACCCAACACUACAGUGACAUCCCAGACAUAUCCUGCAGUCUGUGGACAAAACUGCUUCCUGAGCGCAGCACCUGCACGUCCCAGAAUUCCAUCAGCACUUUCCUCCACAUCCCACAUCCCAGGAGAGUGAAAACACUGAAUUCUGGGAGCCCACCUUCAUCCCCACAACUAGAAACAAUGGCUUCUGCUCUCACCAUUCCAUAUAUGAAGGGAAAGAGCAUCCAGAAA